AUGCUCGCACAUAUCUCCAUGCAUUGGCCCCGUUUCUCAUGCAGCCCGAGCCAAAGAUUCCGUCGGGGGGCAACGGGUCUUAGCUUUGGCGCUAGAACCACGGCAGAAGCCUUCGAAGUUGGAUCAAUUAGCGUGGCCGGGGGUCUUCGAGUCGAUUGGAUCCCUUCCGGUGGGGAAGCCACUGGGCCAAAAGUGAUUCCAAUAAAGGUCGCUUGUUCCUGGCCAGCCGCCCCGCCGGUAAUAUCGUUGAACACCUGCUGGAACAAAAAUUGGGACAAGCUAGUACAGAGACAGGCGGCGAAGACCCUCUUCCCCGACACGGAGCCAGGAACUAGUCGCUCAUUUGAGAAUAAGAUUGACUCCGACGGUGAGAACCCUGAGACUGAGGCGCUGUCGCAAGGCAGAGACUGCCCGAGAUGCCGAUCCCGUCCCGGGCUUGCACGAUAA